AUGUCACGCUGCUUGUCUCUGUCCCGCUUCGUCCUUAACGUCUCCAGGACGUCAGUGCCGCGUGCAGCACGAGCCCUGCGCACGCGAGCCACCCACCCGCUCUCGUGCGCUGCAGGUUCUAAUGCCACACAGCUACAGAAAUGGAGCAGUCGAUCCAGAGUGUGGAGCUCAUGCCUCUCCUUCAGCCCAAAGAAUUAUUACAGCACUCAACAAGCGGAGCAGGAGCCAGAGGAAGAGCCUUUACACACCAUCAUCAGUGACACAGAGUCUGUCCAAGGUUCUUUCUCAAAACAUGAAUUCCAGGCUGAGACCAAGAAGCUCCUCGACAUUGUUGCCAGAUCUUUGUACUCAGAAAAAGAAGUUUUUAUUAGGGAGUUGAUCUCUAAUGGGAGUGAUGCUCUUGAAAAAUUUCGACACAAGUUGAUGACAGGAGGUGGAGAUACUGCCCCAAUGGAGAUCCAUCUGAAAACUGAUGCCAACCUAGGCACAUUCACCAUCCAGGACACAGGGGUUGGUAUGAAUCAAGAAGAGCUGGUAGAAAACCUGGGAACUAUUGCACGUUCUGGCUCUAAGGCUUUCUUAGAUGCUCUUCAGAGCCAGGCAGAGGCCAGCAGCUCCAUCAUUGACUCUCCUGGAUACAAGUGGUCCUCUGAUGGCUCUGGAGUUUUUGAGAUAGCUGAAGCCAGCGGGGUCCAACGGGGCACCAAAAUUGUGCUUCACCUUAAAGACGAUUGUAAAGAGUUUUCGCAAGAGGACAGAGUCAAAGAGGUUGUGACGAAGUACAGCAACUUUGUGAGUUUCCCGAUUUUCCUCAAUGGACGAAGGCUCAAUACCUUACAGGCUCUUUGGAUGAUGGAACCUAAGGAGAUCAGUGAGUGGCAGCAUGAGGAAUUUUACCGCUAUGUAGCUCAAACAUACGAUAAACCUCGCUACACCCUGCACUACCGCGCUGAUGCCCCAGUCAACAUCAGAAGCAUAUUCUACGUCCCAGAAGCGAAACCCAGCAUGUUUGACGUGAGCAGGGAAAUGGGCUCCAGUGUGGCUCUGUACAGUAGGAAAGUCCUGAUCCAGACCAAAGCCACAGACAUCUUACCAAAGUGGCUGCGCUUCCUUCGAGGUGUGGUGGACAGCGAAGAUAUCCCCCUGAAUUUGAGCAGAGAACUUCUCCAGGAGAGCGCUCUCAUUAGGAAACUGCGGGACGUCCUCCAGCAGAGAGUCAUUCGUUUCCUCCUGGAUCAGAGCAAGAAGGAGCCCGAGAAGUACAGCAAGUUCUUCGACGAUUACGGCCUGUUUAUGAGAGAAGGCAUCGUCACCACACACGAACAAGAUGUCCGGGAGGACAUCGCAAAGCUGCUGAGAUUCGAGUCCUCGGCUCUGCCGGCCGGUAAGCAGACAAACCUGAUGGAGUACGGCUCUCGCAUGAAGGCCGGAACCAGGAACAUCUACUACCUGUGCGCCCCCAACCGUCACCUGGCAGAACACUCGCCCUACUACGAGGCCAUGAAGCAAAAGGACAUGGAGGUGCUGUUUUGCUAUGAGCAGUUUGACGAGCUGACACUGCUCCAUCUCCGAGAGUUCGACAAGAAGAAGCUGAUCUCGGUGGAGACGGAUAUCGUGGUGGACCAUUACAAAGAGGAGAAGUUCCAGGACGUCAAACCUGAGUCAGAGCGCCUCACACAGGAGCAGGCCGACGACCUCAUGGCCUGGAUGAGGAACGUCCUUGGUUCUCGAGUCACCAACGUCAAAGUCACUCCCCGUCUGGACACGCAUCCCGCCAUGGUCACUGUGUUGGAAAUGGGAGCAGCGCGCCACUUCCUGCGCACGCAACAGAUGGCUCGCACUGCGGAGGAAAGGGCUCAAAUACUGCAGCCCACCUUAGAAAUUAAUGCAGGGCACGACCUCAUAAAGAAGUUGCAUUCGUUAAAGGAUACUAACGCUGAAUUGGCGGGGCUGCUACUAGAACAGAUAUACGACAAUGCCAUGAUUGCCGCCGGUCUGAAUGAUGACCCCAGACCAAUGAUUUCCCGCCUCAAUGAGCUGCUCACAAAAGCCCUGCAGAAUCAUUGA